AUGCGGUAUAAGCGGCGUACUUCUCAAACAACGAGAGCGUCGCGCCAUUCUGACAAGAAGUACACUAUUCAGCUGGACUUGGACUACUUGGAGCGCGGCGGCGUGGGCAGCAUGACAGUUGGAGGUGCACCCAGCGUGGAGCCCAGCCCUGAGAGUCUGGACCUGAUCAAGGUUGUUCUACUGGGUGCCCCUGCUGUUGGGAAGACGAGCAUCAUACAGCAAUUCGUCUGGAGUGACUUCUCGGAAGACUACCUGCCAACCGACCGAAAACACACCUUCUACCCUUCGGUGAUAAUCAACGAGCAUUUAUACGAAGUUAAAAUAACAGACGUCCCAGUGAUACCUUACUUUCCAAUCAAUUCCUACUACGAAUGGGCGCAUUACAGAUUUUACGGGCUAAGAAACGCCACAGCUUACAUCCUGGUCUUCGAUCUGUCUAACGUGGAAACGUUUCAGUACAUACGAACGUUGAGAGAUCAAAUGGUGGAGAGUCGUGACAUGAGGAACGUACCGGUUCUUGUGGUGGGAAAUAAGCAAGAUCUUCUGUGCAGCACAACUCCGUCCGCUACCAGUGGUUUGCAGCAGUUGGCUAUGGCUGAAAGUGCGUGCGGUGAUUCAAGAGAGAAAAGAAGGAAUAUCGUUAACCUUGUCCGUAAGCAUUGGAAGUGUAGUUACGUAGAAUGCUCAGCUAAAUACAAUUGGCGGGUCAUUGCUGUGUUUAAGGAGUUAAUGGAGAUGAUUGACGCUUUAGAGUGGAGUGGAAGUGGUAGCCGAUCGGAUCCCCUUCCAGACUCGUCAGCUGGAGGUGGAUCUUCUCAUGAGAACCGUUGUGUUGUUGCUUAG